ACAAAAAUGGCUGCGCCCGUGGACUCCACGAGAGCUCCAGAAGACAAAGUGUAUUUUCCUGUAAAAUCUGGCGCAAGUUUAGUGAAGGCGCGUCCAGUAUUUUCUCACGAUAAUAGAACACUGUUUGCCUGCUCAGGAUGUGUAGUGAAAGUAUUUAGUAUAGAGAGUGGUCAAUGUGUGACAGAACUGACCGCUCACAAAGACUAUGUGACAGGCAUAGUCCUACAUCCAAGAAAUAAGCUACAGUUAAUUUCAUGCUCACUAGAUAAGACUUUGAAUAUUUGGGACUACAGUGAUGGAGUUCUGCUCAGGACGAUACCAAUCCAUUCCCCAGCUCAUGGACUGUACAGUGUUGAAGGACAGACAAAAGUUUACGCUCUUGUGCAGACUGCAAACACAUUGUUCGAAAUGGUCAGUAUAGAACUUGACAGACAGGCCAGAGAGGACAGACUGACCACUCUGAUGACCGGUUGUGCCCCUCACCACAGACAGAUGACCAUUGGACCGCAGGGGAAGUUCUGUGUGUCGGUUCUCAAACGGUCCAUGGAAGUAAAAGUGUUCAACUCUAUGAAAGUUGUAAAGCACAGACUAGAAGAAGGCUCGGAGUUCACAUGUGUGGCGUGUCACCCAGGGGGUAACUGUGUCGCCACGGGGUGUGCUGAUGGCAAGAUUCUGCUAUUGUUUCAUUACCUAGACGCUGAGAAGGCUGUCAAGUCCCAACUUCAUUGGCAUGCUCUGCCUGUGCUCGAUCUGUGCUUCACCGCAGAAGGGUCCUAUCUUCUAAGUGGCGGUCACGAGUGUGUUUUGGUCAAAUGGCAUCAAGAUUCCAACUACAAGGACUUUCUCCCCCGUUUAGGGGCCCCUAUCAACCAUGUGAUCUGUUCCCAGGACAACCAGUUGUAUGCAACAUGCCAUCUUGAGAAUGUGGUUCAAGUUAUCAGCAGCAAUUUCACAAUACAGCAAGUAUACCAGGGCCUGACACGGGCGUACAACAAUCCCAGAGGCUCAGCCCGCUCAUUUCCUGCUGGCAUGAUGUAUGAUGCACGUUCCGAGGCUCUUGUUAUGAACGGGAAACCGGGACAUCUACAGUUCUACUCCGUGCAUGAGGAUCGACAGCUAUAUAAUUUGGACAUUGUAUGCCAGAACUUCAUAUCCGCUGAGAACCUAGACAGGCCACUGGUAGUUACAGAAGUGACGUGUGCUGCCUUCCUUGACGACGGGAGUUGGCUAGCAACUGUGGAAUACUGGAAUGAUGGGGUUAUCACACCGGAGAUUACCCUCAAGUUCUGGCAGUUUGACCAAGAGAAACAGAGCUAUGUGUUGAAUACAACUGUGGAAUGGCCCCACUCCGAGACUAUUUGUACACUGAAAAUGCGUCCUAUCUCGCAAACCUCCUCUCACGACAAACGACACAUGGCAGUCACCACAAGUGCUGACGGGAAGUUCAAGAUCUGGGUCCUCGUUGAUGAUACAGAUAUUUAUAGGACCAACAAUAAAUGGAUGUGCGAGUCAGUAGGUUUCUACCGAGAUUUUGAGGCAGGAAGUGCAGAAUUCUCAGAUGACGGUUCCCUGCUUGCAGUGGUGUUUGAGUCCUGUAUCACACUGUGGGAACCAGAAACAAACUUGCUGAAACAUACGCUGAUCAAUAAUGUGUUCAGCGAUCCUGUCAGGGAGGUGCUAUUUGGUCGACAUGGUUGCAGUCAAUACCUCCUCAGCACCACAGAUAAAACUCUCACUGUGUGGAGCAUCAUCACUUGUUCUAUACUAUGGACUGUGGAUUUGAGCGUAGCUUGCCUGGCCCAGGAUCCGCUGUCUGACAUUAUAGCCAUCUUCACCACAGAGAGACAGCUAUUUGUGUUCCGGCCAAGCAAUCCAAGCCCGGUAUUCAGCCAUGUUGGUAUUACAGAAAGCGAAAUUGUCAGUGCAGCUUUUAUACCUCACAAGAAGAGUAUUUAUAGGGGAACAACUCUGUCUUGGCAAGACAAAUCUGAGUUGUAUUUCAUGAAUGCUGACCAGGAACUGUUGACUGUUUCAUUGAACGACAAUGACAGAUCUGUGAAAACCAAACAGGAUGUGGUAACCUUUGAGCAAAAUGUGCCAAAAUCUGCACUGAGCAUGUUACUCAGUCACCAUAGCAACAAAACAGGGUCAAAAGUCAGCCUGGAUCAGGUUACUAGGCAACCUAGCAACAAGUUCAUCAGAGAGAUAUUUAGCUCCGCUUGCCAUGUUCAGCCCUCGGUAUCUUCCCUCUGUCAGCCGUUUAUACGCUCCCUGAUGGUGAAGUCAAAAUCAAGCUGCUCACAGAACAUAAGUGAUGAUGAGGAUGAUGAUGAGGAUGAUAAACCUUUAUACCAUUCCCAGACUGUGUCUCAAGACUCUGGGCUUGACUCUGAUAUGGACAUGGAAAUACCUGAGAACCAUUCUGCUGAAUCUAAAAAUACAGACCAAUCAGAAGAUGACAUUGAAAUGGAAGUGAAAGCAAAGACUGAUAUUGACCCAGAUUCCUUGAAAUCGGGAAAAAAUAAAACUAAAGACAUUGAGAAGAAUAAAAAUGAAGUACGAGAGCAGAAAGAAAAUGAAAAUGAACUGGAAGCAAUAUUUGCUGCAGACUUUCUUUGGGUUGCGAAGAAAUUUAAGACAUGAAUGUUGACUUUCUUUCAAAAAUAAACUUAUAAAGAAAUAUGUAUAUCAUUGUCUUUUCUUGGCAACCAAUUAAUUUGUGUUCUUAAAACACCAGUUUUAGUGUCACCUGCAAAGCAUGGCAGACACACACAGAUCACUCUCCAGUGUAGUUGUCCCCUUUGUCACAAUCUUUUUCAUCAAUAACUUGGUCUGUAUAUUGGCCAAGGUCAGUUUUUUGGGGGUCAACAGGUGUAAGGCUAAGGUCCUUGUAAUGUUUAUUCGCAAAAUUAUUUGCAUUCCUGACUGGCCUAAUAUCAGUUUUCGUCAUUUACAUGGAAAUAAAUAAUAUUGAUGUCGCAAAUAUAAUGAGAUUAUGAGAAUAUAUAUUGGCUUGUGAUUCCCAUGAUUUAAAAAUAAGUGAUAUAGGCCAUUACUAUACUAGUAGUUACUCUGCUUGAUGAUAUUGACACACUAGUGUUGUCCAUACAUGUAAUUACCUCGAAAGUAAGUGGCAGCUAUACUAUCCAUAUAUCUUGCAUUUGGUAAAUAUAUAUAUAUUCAUAUAAGUGAAGCUGUAGUUGACAGCAAAUUAAAAAUUUAAUUAAAUUUUUUAUAUAAUUGUUUUACUGUCUUACUGCAUGAAUAAUCGGGGUAUGUUUAAGUUUUUAUCGAUUACAACUAUGUAAUUUAAAUGGACUUGUUCUUAGCAAAUCUUCUUUCGCAGUAAACUAACGUUUAUUUUUUAUAUCCGCUGAAGUGAGAGCAUAUAGAUAUGGCUUUAUCAGUGCGUCUGUCCAUAAAUCUUCAACUGAGAAAUAACAAUGCUCAAAUGUUCACAAUGAACUAAAACUGAGGACGAAUUUUCCAUCCAGGAUCCUUCAAGGUCAGGGUCACACUAAGAGAUCUUAGUUUGAACAGCUAUUUUCCCUGCCUGGUAAAUCAUUCCGCAACCAAUGAAAGGAUUAUGCAAGGGAACAAUUUUUAACCAUGUGCAAUGUGUAUGCUCCAGACAUGUUAUUUUAAGAUCAAGGCCACACUUGAGGGACAAAGGUCAGACAUAUGGUGGGCGAGCAGGUCUAGUGGAUAUAGUGUCUCAAAAUUUGAACCCAACCAGGGAUUUUUUCUUAUGGCCUCUCAAAAAGGACAAUAGUACUGGCUUCUACCAAGUGGAUUCAAGAGUGAUUCAGAUCAGCUUUCAGCUGACUUCACAAUCAAACUAAAACUCAUUGGUAUUAACUUAAGGUCAGACAGGCAUUUUUAUUUUCUUCUCUAUAGCGCUAUAACCAAUUUCAGGAUUUUAAAAUAACAUGGGCAAACCUUUUCACAUGUUCACCACAUCAAGCCAAUGUAAACGGUAUAUGUUUUGGCCACAAUAACUCAAGGGCACACCUUGGAAUUUAAUCGGAUGUCUUUUCUUUCAAGCUUGAACCAAUAAAAAGGUUUUUUAAAUAUCAUUUAAUUUACUUGAAGGUCUAACACAUUCAGUCAACGUACAAGCCACGUGUUCCAGUCAAGGCAGCACCUAGUUAUUGUAAUGACUCUGUCAUUAAACAUGUUACUCACCUGGACAUUUACUUGCCAUCUUUUUGUCGAACUAAUAUACAGUAAUGAGGUAUAUUUAAAGACUAUGAUAUGUUUUAUAAAUUUAUAAUUUAACGUUACACUUACCUUAGGUCAUGUCUGUUUAAAUUCCAUCCAAUCAUUUUAUUCCUGUUGCUAUGUACAUACAAGAGGAGUUCUCCACCCACCUUACAUAUACGUGUUGAAUGUAUUUGAACUGAUAAGUAUAACUGUUUCAUCAUCUUCUUAACUAGAUAAACAUUAUUUAUUCAUGGUUGUCCUAUAAUAAUCAUUUAUAUUUUUAGCCACUUCGUUACUGCUUGAUUUUAUGUCUUUAAUUUGUAUUUUUAAUAUUGUAAACAAACUGUCAUGGCUGCCGGACCGCCCGAUGGGUGCUGUGAGUACCGCCCUACCAGUCCAUCUGUUCUGUCAGAGCGGUCCUUCUGUGAUUGGUCUGCAUUUCACCCGUCCUCCGGUGAUUGGUCAGACAUUUCACCAGUCCGGCCGCCAUUGGUCAGUUUGGAUCAAGUGGGCAUCUCCUGUUCUCUAUAUAAAGAGCGUUCCUUUUGGGAUCGACAGUUCUGAGUUUUUAGCUUAGCUUGACUUUUGAUGUCGGGUAGCUGGUUAGGGUUAGGUUACACCCGUAUGUUUGAGCUUGACUUUUGACGUCAUAUAGCUGUGUUAGGUUUGAGAUCAGAUAGGUCUAGUAGUUUGACCUUACGUAAAUAAGUUGUUUUAACGAUAUAUACUAGUAGUUGAUUGUCACCAAAUAUAGAAAACGUGAGAGCCCAUGCAACUUAAACUGUUAUCUGAUGACUAUACAUGUGUUUGAUGUUCAUGAUUCGAAGAUAUAAGAAUACACUAUAAACCGUUAAAAGUUCAA